AUGGAGGAAAGCCUCCGAAGGAACGCUGAGCUUCAGAACAAGCUUGAUAGAAUCAUUGGCAGCCAGCUCCUUCAAACAGCAACAACUCCCCAGCCAACCGGAACUGUAGAACGAGAUUCGAUGGAUGACACACUGACGUCUAUCGGAAAACCAGAAGGGCCUAGCCCCGCCAAAGCAACUCCUUCUCCACUACCGAACCCACCCCCCAGGCCUCGCCUAAAGCUGACACCCAAACCAAGAAGAACAUCAGGAGAUACUAUUCCCAAACAGACGGUUAACACCGUUUCAACCGGAAACUCAACUCCAACCAGCAUCACCAAGGUUAAAGUCUCCCUUCAUACCUCUGGUUUCAGAGUUGCUGGCAAAAGUAGCAUAGCCAUUAUAUGCUUCAACCCGAUAAUCAUAGCCUCCAACGUACCUCAAACACCCAACAACACCAACACCUGUGAGCCAACGUCCGACCCAGGUACCACUGGACCGGAAGCUAUACCCCUACCGGAACCUUUGGAUCGACCCCGGCACCUGGUAAAGACUGAGGACGAAGAAACAAAGUGCCAAGACGACGCCAAGACCCAAUCGGAACGACCGAACCGACCUCGGCAUCCAGUGGACGAAGAAUGUAAGAAGAGCCUGUCAAGAUCCCAUGGUAGCCGGGGCCCCCCAGUGCGGACGUCUUUCUCAUCCCGGAACUGGGGAACAAUUUCCAGCACCAUCGGAUAG